UCUUCGUCAGGGCUCCAUUCGAUUCGCGUUGGAAUUUCCCAUGCAAUCGAUUCGGAAACUAUGAUCUUUCACGGUAUUUGUUUCAGCAGGUGAUAAUCGCCUCUCAUAGAGCAUGGCGCGACCUUCAGCGCGGGCCUUGCCGCCCACGCUCUCAUGGAUGUGUCGAAAGUGUCGACUUCACGACAAAAUCCAAUUGACAGCUCAUCGUCAAUGGAUCCAGCCUCUCGGACAUCACCAGAGCUUCUCUACGACAAAAUAUUCCGCCGCAGAGGUCCAGAUCCAUGCUGCACCUGAGAUAGACCUUGAUGACUCUACGUCUCUUCCCGCCCGAAUACUUCCACGGUCUCCCUCCUAUUUCACGGCCUCUCCAGUUUUCAACGAUCACCUCUUGCUGUUACAAUCACUUGUCAAGAAACAUGCAUCGUUACCCACAGCUCCUCCAGACCAGAUACUGCGGCCUGCUUGGCUGAAACUCAAUCAAUACCGAAGCUCCACGGGCGAACAGGUGGCUGCUUCAAAGUAUUCAAAAGUGCUGGUGCUCCUGACGAGAUUAAACAAGAUCCAUCCCAGAUACUGUCCCAAGGAAGUCAAGCAAAUACUGUCACGAUUUCGACGCCCUGGCUCGGAAGAGAUACAGAAGGCAAAGCCUGGGAGGAUCGACGAGUAUGGCAGAUCUGUCGGCAUAGGACGAAGGAAAGAGUCUUCAGCGAAGGUGUAUCUGGUGGAAGGCACAGGAGACGUCCUGGUCAACGGACGCAGCAUCGUUCAAGCAUUCCCACGGCCCCACGACCGAGAGAGCGCACUGUGGGCGUUGAAGAUCACACAAAGAAUGGACAAGUACAACGUUUUUGCAUUGGUAUCGGGAGGGGGGAUCACUGGUCAGGCCGAGUCCAUCACAUUGGCUCUUGCCAAGGCUCUUCUGGUACACGAACCAGCUCUCAAGCCAGCUCUGCGACGAGCCGGCUGUGUUACUUCGGAUCCCAGACGCGUCGAACGAAAGAAGCCCGGUCGACUCAAGGCACGCAAGAAGCCAGCUUGGGUCAAACGUUGAGCCGUCGAGGUCUGCCAGUGGUACUUGUGUGUACAUCAGUGUAUCAAUGCCCAGUGUAUACCAGAGUCUAUCUAGUAGAGAUCCAUGUCAGAUCGUUGUGCAACUAGAUGACGAUCCUCCCACCUGCAGAUGGCAAAGAGGUGGAGGACUCGGAUCUGUGGUAAUUGCGAUGGUUUCAAUCUGGGGGAAUCUUCUGGUUCGUGCCUCCUCGAGGGAGUAUCGUGUAAUUCUGACAUGAAUUUUAUGGCACGGUACAACGGCGCAACAUGCUGCAUGAAGAAAUCCGGUGCCAGACUACCUCAUCGCCGUUGUAAGACCUUAUCAGCCCUGUAGGCAGAGUAACACAGCCACGACUCGGUGUAGACAGAUGGUGUUGGUUGGCGCAGUACGAGGUACUUGCAUUGACGCUCCUCACGUGCCUCGAGUCCGAUACCUGCGCCAUCUUUGAAUUUGUUUUGAU